AUGGAUGUAAAAGACAGAAGGCACCGUUCUUUGACAAGAGGUAGAUGUGGGAAGGAAUGUCGCUAUACAAGUUCUUCAUUGGACAGUGAAGACUGCAGAGUACCUACUCAGAAGUCCUAUAGUUCAAGUGAGACACUGAAGGCUUAUGAUCAUGAUACAAGAAUGCAUUAUGGAAAUCGAGUUACUGACCUAGUUCACAGAGAAUCAGAUGAAUUUCCAAGACAAGGAACUAACUUCACCCUUGCUGAACUAGGAAUUUGUGAGCCCUCCCCUCACCGAAGUGGUUAUUGUUCAGAUAUAGGAAUCCUUCAGCAAGGCUAUUCCCUCAGUACUGGGUCUGAUGCUGACUCAGAUACAGAGGGUGGAAUGUCUCCCGAGCAUGCCAUUCGACUUUGGGGGAGAGGGAUUAAAUCCAGACGGAGCUCUGGUCUGUCAAGCCGUGAAAAUUCUGCCCUUACUCUGACUGACUCUGACAAUGACAAUAAAUCAGAUGAGGAAAACGGUCGUCCCAUUCCACCUACGUCCUCAUCUAGCCUUCUCCCAUCUGCUCAGCUGCCCAGCUCCCAUAAUCCAUCACAAGUUAGCUGCCAAAUGCCCUUGCUAGACAGCAAUACUUCCCAUCAAAUUAUGGAUACCAACCCUGAUGAAGAGUUCUGCCCAAAUUCAUACCUGCUAAGAGCAUGCACCGGGCCACCGCAAACUUCCAGCAGUGGGCCUUCAAAUCAUCACAGCCAGUCAACUCUGAGACCACCUCUUCCACCACCUCACAAUCAUACUCUAUCUCAUCACCAUUCUUCUGCCAACUCCCUCAACAGGAAUUCCUUAACAAAUCGGCGGAACCAGAUCCAUGCACCAGCUCCUGCACCAAACGAUUUGGCCACCACACCUGAAUCUGUUCAGUUACAGGAUAGCUGGGUGCUGAAUAGCAAUGUGCCACUUGAGACCAGGCAUUUUUUGUUCAAGACAUCAUCUGGAACAACUCCUCUCUUCAGUAGUUCUUCCCCUGGAUACCCAUUGACCUCAGGAACAGUUUACACACCACCUCCCCGACUGUUACCUAGAAAUACUUUCUCCAGAAAUGCAUUCAAGCUGAAAAAGCCCUCUAAAUAUUGUAGCUGGAAGUGUGCUGCUUUAUCAGCUAUUGCUGCUGCAAUCUUGCUUGCUAUACUGUUGGCCUAUUUCAUAGCCAUGCAUAUGCUUGGUCUAAAUUGGCAGCUACAACCAGCAGAUGGACACACCUUUAACAAUGGAAUAAGGACAGGCUUGCCAGGUUCUGAUGAUGUAGCAACCAUGCCAUCUGGAGGUAAAGGACCAUGGGCCACUAGAAAUAAUAGCAUUGACAGUGGGGAGGCAGACGUCGGACGGAGGGUCACUCAAGAAGUGCCACAAGGAGUAUUCUGGCGAGCACAAAUUCACAUUGCACAGCCACAGUUCCUGAAAUUCAAUAUCUCUUUAGGGAAGGAUGCACUUUUUGCUGUCUAUAUCAGAAGAGGACUUCCACCAUCCCAUGUACAGUAUGAUUUUAUGGAACGUUUAGAUGGGAAAGAGAAAUGGAGUGUCGUGGAGUCUCCUCGUGAGCGUCGAAGUAUCCAGACGCUAGUUCAGAAUGAAGCUGUAUUUGUUCAGUACUUGGAUGUGGGGCUGUGGCACCUUGCUUUUUACAACGAUGGCAAAGAUAAAGAAGUAGUUUCUUUCAGUACUGUCAUAUUGGAUUCUGUACAGGACUGUCCACGCAAUUGUCAUGGGAAUGGCGAAUGUGUAUCCGGAAUCUGUCAUUGUUUUCCUGGCUACCAUGGAGCAGACUGUGCAAAAGCUGCGUGUCCAGUUCUGUGCAGUGGUAAUGGACAAUACACCAAAGGAGCCUGUUUGUGCUACAGUGGCUGGAAAGGGCCAGAGUGUGACAUACCCAUCAGCCAGUGUAUUGAUCCAUCGUGCGGAGGCCAUGGUUCUUGCAUUGAAGGGAACUGUGUUUGCUCUGUAGGAUACAAAGGCGAAAACUGUGAGGAAGUUGAUUGCUUGGAUCCAUCCUGUUCCAACCAUGGUGUCUGUGUAAAUGGAGAAUGUCUCUGUAGCCCAGGCUGGGGAGGUUUAAAUUGUGAACUUCCACGUGCCCAAUGUCCAGACCAGUGCAGUGGGCAUGGCACAUAUCUCUCUGACACAGGCCUCUGUAACUGUGAUCCCAACUGGAUGGGUCCUGACUGCUCUGUUGAAGUAUGUGCUGUAGACUGUGGCACUCAUGGUGUAUGCAUUGGCGGAGCAUGUCGUUGUGAAGAGGGCUGGACAGGGAUAGCCUGUGACCAACGUGUUUGUCAUCCCCGCUGCACAGAACACGGAACUUGCAAAGAUGGAAAAUGUGAAUGCCGGGAGGGCUGGAAUGGGGAGCACUGCACCAUUGAUGGCUGCCCUGAUUUGUGCAAUGGCAAUGGGAGAUGCACACUCGGUCAGAACAGCUGGCAGUGUGUCUGCCAGACCGGCUGGAGAGGGCCUGGAUGCAAUGUUGCUAUGGAAACCUCCUGUGCUGAUAACAAGGAUAAUGAGGGAGAUGGCCUCAUUGAUUGUCUGGAUCCAGAUUGCUGCCUCCAGUCGACUUGUCAGAAUAGCCUUCUCUGUCGUGGCUCACGUGAUCCCCUAGACAUUAUACAGCAAAGUCACUCUGGUUCAGAGGCUAUAAAGUCAUUCUAUGAUCGAAUUAAGCUCUUAGUGGGAAAAGACAGCACUCAUAUAAUCCCAGGAGAAAACCCCUUCAAUAGCAGCCUGGUAUCUCUGAUAAGGGGCCAAGUGGUGACUACAGAUGGAACUCCACUUGUUGGAGUCAAUGUGUCAUUUGUCAAGUAUCCAAAAUAUGGCUACACCAUCACUCGCCAAGAUGGCACGUUUGAUUUGAUUGCAAAUGGAGGAGGAUCGCUAACUCUUCAUUUUGAACGAGCCCCAUUCAUGAGUCAAGAGAGGACAGUGUGGCUACCAUGGAAUAGCUUCUAUGCAAUGGAUACCCUCACUAUGAAAACUGAAGAGAACUCUAUUCCCAGCUGUGACUUAAGUGGUUUUAUCAGACCUGAUCCUGUUAUAAUUUCAUCACCACUUUCCACCUUUUUCAGUGAUGCCCCUGGUCGAAAUUCAAUUGUUCCAGAGACCCAGGUUCUUCAUGAAGAAAUUGAGAUUCCAGGUGCCAACAUAAAGCUCUGCUAUCUGAGUUCCCGUACUGCUGGAUACAGAUCCUUGCUUAAAAUCACCAUGACACAAUCUCUUGUGCCUCUGAACUUAAUUAAAGUUCAUCUCAUGGUAGCAGUGGAAGGGCAUCUUUUCCAAAAGUCAUUCCAAGCAUCUCCCAAUUUGGCAUAUACUUUCAUUUGGGAUAAAACAGAUGCCUAUGGCCAGAAAGUUUACGGGCUCUCGGAUGCUGUAGUGUCUGUGGGCUUUGAGUAUGAGACCUGUCCCAGUCUGAUUUUAUGGGAGAAAAGGACUGCUCUACUGCAAGGCUUUGAACUUGACCCUUCAAAUCUAGGUGGUUGGUCUUUGGAUAAGCAUCAUGUACUUAAUAUAAAAAGUGGACUUGCAGAAGGAAACAAACUUCUUGCCCCUGUUGCACUUGCGGUGGGAAUUGAUGGAAGCCUGUUCGUUGGGGAUUUCAACUACAUUCGACGCAUCUUUCCCUCAAGGAAUGUCACCAGCAUUUUGGAAUUAAGAAAUAAAGAAUUUAAACAUAGUAACAAUCCUGCCCAUAAGUACUACCUAGCCGUGGAUCCUGUUUUAGGCUCUCUUUAUGUUUCGGAUACCAACAGUCGUCGUAUUUACAAAAUCAAAAGCCUUAUUGGUGCAAAAGACCUGGCUGGUAAUUCGGAAGUGGUUGCAGGGACAGGGGAGCAGUGCCUGCCUUUUGAUGAGGCCAGAUGCGGUGAUGGAGGGAAAGCAGUAGAUGCAACAUUAAUGAGCCCUCGAGGUAUUGCAGUGGAUAAAUAUGGCCUUAUGUAUUUUGUUGACGCAACAAUGAUCAGGAAAGUUGAUCAGAAUGGUAUCAUAUCAACUCUGCUGGGCUCUAAUGACCUAACUGCUGUUCGGCCACUGAGCUGUGAUUCCAGCAUGGAUGUCACCCAGGUGCGACUGGAAUGGCCAACUGAUCUGGCUGUCAAUCCAAUGGAUAACUCACUGUAUGUUUUGGAGAAUAAUGUCAUUUUGAGAAUCACUGAGAACCAUCAGGUUAGCAUCAUUGCUGGUCGUCCAAUGCACUGUCAGGUUCCUGGGAUAGACUACUCUCUUAGUAAACUGGCCAUUCAUUCUGCUUUGGAGUCAGCCAGUGCCAUUGCCAUCUCACACGCUGGUAUUCUUUACAUCAGUGAGACAGAUGAGAAAAAAAUUAACCGCCUUCGUCAGGUCACCACGAAUGGUGAAAUUUGCCUUCUGGCUGGAGCAGCUUCAGACUGUGACUGCAAAAAUGACGUCAACUGUAAUUGCUAUGCCGGGGAUGAUGCUUAUGCAACUGAUGCCAUCUUAAACACUCCAUCCUCCUUAGCUGUGGCACCAGAUGGUACAAUUUACAUAGCAGAUCUUGGAAACAUACGCAUCAGAGCAGUCUGCAAAAAUAAACCAGUCCUCAACUCUUUCAACCAAUAUGAAAUUGCUUCACCCAGAGAGCAGGAGCUGUACAUCUUCAACAUCGAUGGCAUCCAUCAAUAUACUCUCAGUCUUGUCACGGGGGAAUAUCUCUAUAAUUUCACCUAUAGUGCUGAUAACGAUGUGACUGAGUUGGUGGAUAACAAUGGCAACUCUCUGAAAAUUAGGCGUGAUACAAAUGGAGCUGCACGCCAUUUUUUAAUGCCCGACAAUCAAAUUGUGACUCUUGCUGUCAGCACCAAUGGUGGUCUUAAAGCAGUGUCAACCCAGACCUUGGAACUUGGAUUAAUGACCUAUCAUGGAAGCAGUGGUCUCCUAGCAACAAAAAGUGAUGAAACGGGAUGGACAACCUUUUAUGAUUAUGACCAUGAAGGACGCCUUACCAAUGUAACUCGCCCUACUGGUGUAGUAACCAGCCUUCAUCGUGAAAUGGAAAAGUCUAUUACUAUAGAUAUUGAAAACUCCAACCGUGAUGAUGAUGUCACAGUAAUUACCAAUCUCUCCUCUGUGGAGGCUUCCUACACAGUUGUUCAAGAUCAAGUGAGAAACAGCUAUCAGCUCUGCAGUAAUGGCACCCUGCGAGUGAUGUAUGCAAAUGGGAUGAGCAUUAGCUUCCACAGUGAACCACAUGUCCUAGCUGGGACUGUGACCCCAGCAAUAGGACGAUGCAAUAUUUCACUGCCAAUGGAAAACGGCUUAAAUUCAAUAGAGUGGCGCCUCAGAAAGGAACAAAUUAAAGGAAAAGUUACAGUGUUUGGAAGAAAGCUCAGGGUUCAUGGAAGAAAUUUGUUAUCAAUCGAUUAUGAUCGGAACAUUCGCACAGAGAAAAUAUACGAUGAUCACCGGAAGUUUACACUCCGUAUUAUUUAUGAUCAGCUUGGACGUCCUUUCCUCUGGCUGCCCAGCAGUGGACUUGCUGCUGUGAAUGUCUCUUAUUUUUCAAAUGGACGGUUGGCUGGGCUUCAGCGUGGUGCCAUGAGUGAAAGAACUGAGGUUGACAAACAAGGCAGAAUUAUUGCACGCAUGUUUGCUGAUGGAAAAGUGUGGAGUUAUACAUACUUAGAAAAAUCUAUGGUGCUACUCCUUCAAAGUCAGCGGCAGUACAUCUUUGAAUAUGACUCUUCAGAUCGGCUGCAUGCUGUCACUAUGCCAAGUAUAGCUCGACACAGCAUGAGCACUCACACCUCAAUCGGCUAUAUUCGAAACAUUUAUAACCCACCUGAAAGUAAUGCUUCAGUGAUUUUUGAUUACAGCGAUGAUGGAAGGAUUUUGAAAACAUCUUUUUUAGGAACUGGUCGGCAAGUUUUCUACAAAUAUGGGAAGCUAUCCAAGUUGUCGGAGAUUGCGUAUGACAGCACAGCAGUGACUUUUGGAUAUGAUGAAACUACGGGAGUUCUGAAGAUGGUUAACCUACAGAGCGGAGGCUUUUCUUGCACCAUCCGCUAUCGUAAAAUUGGCCCUCUGGUUGACAAACAGAUUUACAGAUUCUCUGAAGAAGGUAUGGUCAAUGCUAGGUUUGAUUAUACCUAUCAUGAUAAUAGUUUUCGAAUAGCUAGCAUCAAGCCUAUAAUAAGUGAGAUUCCUCUUCCGGUUGACCUCUAUCGUUAUGAUGAAAUCUCAGGCAAAGUAGAGCACUUUGGCAAAUUUGGGGUAAUCUAUUAUGAUAUAAAUCAAAUAAUCACUACGGCUGUAAUGACACUGAGCAAACAUUUUGAUACACAUGGACGGAUUAAAGAAGUUCAGUAUGAAAUGUUCCGAUCACUCAUGUACUGGAUGACAGUGCAAUAUGACAGUAUGGGAAGGGUAACUAAGAGAGAAUUAAAACUUGGGCCUUAUGCCAAUACAACUAAGUAUACAUAUGAUUAUGAUGGAGAUGGGCAGCUUCAGAGUGUGGCAGUCAAUGACAGACCAAACUGGCGUUACAAUUAUGAUCUAAAUGGCAACUUGCAUCUCUUGAAUCCUGGGAACAGUAUCCGAUUGAUGCCACUGCGCUAUGAUCUAAGAGAUAGAAUUACGCGACUAGGUGAUAUGCAGUAUAAGAUUGAUGAUGAUGGUUUUUUGUGUCAAAGAGGUUCUGACACAUUUGAAUACAAUUCCAAGGGCCUCUUAACAAGAGCUUAUAAUAAAGCAAAUGGAUGGAGCGUUCAAUACCGUUACGAUGGAUUAGGAAGACGAGCUUCUUACAAAACUAACUUGGGACAUCACCUUCAAUAUUUUUAUGCUGAUCUUCACAACCCAACUAGGAUAACACAUGUGUAUAACCACUCAAAUUCAGAAAUUACCUCUCUGUACUAUGAUCUGCAAGGUCACCUUUUUGCAAUGGAAAGCAGCAGUGGAGAAGAAUACUAUGUUGCCUCGGAUAAUACAGGUACACCAUUGGCAGUUUUCAGCAUCAAUGGUCUAAUGAUCAAGCAACUGCAAUACACAGCCUAUGGAGAGAUCUAUCACGAUUCUAAUCCUGACUUCCAAAUAGUCAUUGGAUUUCAUGGAGGGCUAUAUGAUCCCUUAACAAAACUGGUCCACUUUACUCAAAGAGAUUAUGAUGUUUUGGCUGCACGUUGGACCUCUCCUGAUUAUACAAUGUGGAAAAAUGUUGGUAAGGAACCUGCCCCAUUCAACUUGUAUAUGUUCAAGAGCAACAAUCCUCUCAGCAAUGAACUGGAUUUAAAGAACUAUGUGACAGAUGUGAAAAGCUGGCUAGUGAUGUUUGGCUUUCAACUCAGCAACAUUAUACCUGGUUUCCCAAGAGCAAAAAUGUACUUUGUACCACCUCCUUAUGAACUGUCAGAAUCACAGGCAUGUGAACAUGGUCAGUUAAUUACCGGUGUGCAGCAAACAACAGAGAGGCACAACCAAGGCUUCAUGGCCCUUGAGGGACAAGUCAUAUCAAAAAAAUUACAUGCCAGUCGUAGAGAGAAAGCAGGUCACUGGUUUGCAACCACUACUCCGAUUAUAGGUAAGGGGAUCAUGUUUGCUGUGAAGGAGGGCAAAGUAACCACUGGCAUUUCAAGCACUGCAACGGAAGACAGCCGAAAAAUUGCUUCAGUGCUUAAUAAUGCUUACUACUUGGACAAAAUGCACUAUAGCAUUGAGGGGAAAGACACCCAUUAUUUCGUCAAGAUUGGCUCCUCUGAUGGUGAUCUUGUCACUCUGGCCAUGACAAGUGGACGCAAAGUAUUGGAUAGUGGAGUCAAUGUGACAGUGUCCCAGCCAACCCUCCUAAUCAAUGGAAGGACUCGAAGGUUUACCAACGUUGAAUUCCAAUAUUCUACCUUAUUGAUUAACAUACGUUACGGUCUGACCCCAGACACUCUGGAUGAAGAAAAGGCUAGAGUUCUGGACCAAGCUCGGCAGCGGGCUUUGGGGUCAGCCUGGGCCAAAGAGCAACAGAAGGCACGGGAUGGCAAAGAGGGGAGCCGCCUGUGGACUGAAGGAGAGAAGCAGCAGCUUUUGAGCACAGGGAGAGUCCAAGGCUAUGAAGGAUACUAUGUGCUCCCUGUAGAGCAGUAUCCAGAGCUGGCAGACAGUAGCAGCAACAUCCAGUUCUUAAGACAGAAUGAAAUGGGAAAGAGGUAACCAAUUAAUCUGCUGUCAUCCUUGCCUGGAUGAAUCAGUAGUUACAACUGUUAUCUCCUCUCCUAAGGAGAUGAAGACC